ACGUAGAAAAGACUGGGUUCUAGUCAUGACGAAAUUUCUAAAUAUUCCAAGCGGGUCAUUCAAAAUAAAAUGAGAUGGCCUACUUUACUUCCAGUUUCGCUUGCAGUCUAGUACAUUACGGAAGAAACAGGACACAAGGAGGGGUGGCUAAAAAGAAUACAAAUGGCAACACAAAGUGCUGCAUCAAUCAAAAGAUGUGAAGUCCAAGUUCCCGGUGAUAAAGAAAAUAAAAAACUAGCAUUUGUGCUGGAAAAUGUUCUAAGCAAAGAGGAAUGUGAUGAACUGAUCAAGUUAACUGAAGAAAAAGGAUAUGAGGUUGCACUUCUCAACACCGGUGGUGGAAGGCAAGUGUUAGCACCUGAAAUUAGGUCCAGCUAUCGAUGUAUCUGGGAUAGUGUUGAAAGAGCAGACUGGCUAUGGCAGAGAAUGAAAGACUAUGUUCCUGAAGAGUGGGAUGGUAGAAAAGUUAUUGGAUUAAAUGAGAGGCUUAGGUUCUUGCGUUAUGACAAAGACCAAUACUUCAAACCUCAUUAUGAUGGGUCAUAUGUCAGAGACAAUGGUGAGAUCAGUUGCAUUACAUUGCAUCUGUAUCUAAAUGAGGGGUAUGAAGGUGGCUGCACAACAUUCUUACAUCCUCUGUUUGGAAAAGAAUCCGGAUACCUUCCUGUUCAAGUUAAAACAGGUAUGGUUUUGGUAUUUGAGCACAGAAUAUUACAUGAAGGAUCCACUUUAAUAAAUGGCAGAAAAUAUACAAUGAGAACUGAUGUAAUGUAUCAGGCAAAGACAUAUUGAGAUAAAAGUUUGAAUCAGAAAUCAGCAGUUGUUUAUGAUCAUAGUUGUAUAUGUAUAUAUUAUAUACAAGGUAUUUGUGAGUUGUAUAUAGUGCGUCUUAAACUAUGAUUGAUUUUAAGAUACAAUGUAUUUGCAUUAGAGAAGGUCAUGAGCGUAGCAGAUGCUGCAUGUUUAGAGAGGCUUAAUGUAGAUCUUGGACAAAUAUUAUUGCUCCAUUGAGAUAGAAGUGUCCGAAUAGAGCAUACAAUGUGAUAUAUUUUGCGUGCCUGAUUAGGGGGCUGCAGACCUCCCCUUCUUUAUUUACCUGCCUUGUGGUUUUGGCAGGAAAGUAUCAAGUAGAAU